GACCAGGGGCCUUGUAAUGAAAUUAUUGAGUUCUUUUCAUUUUACCGAUACUACAACAGAUAAAGCAUGGCACAGAUAAAGCAGUCCUCUAGGAGGUCCUCAAGGACCAGCUUUAUAUCCUUCAUCCGUCAACAUCUUAUGAAGAUGCUGUUGGUACUGCCGCAACUAGCGGCACCAGAACGACAUCGUCCUCCUCUACAAGACAAUGAUGCACGUCCACCUCUACAAUUACACGACCCCAAUAGGAAACAUCAUGGUUAUCCAUUCGAUGCACUAGCAGACCACAUCCUCGGAAGGUUCCUCUCAGCUACGAAGAUGUGUCUUUAUUUUUAUGAACUUGAGUUAGAAGUUUGUGAUUUUAUGUCGAUUUCGAUCUUCUAAGAAAAGUUGUACUUUCCGAUUAACCUCCAGGAUAGAAAAAAAACAAGAAGAAGAAGAAGAUGAAGAAGAGAAAUUACUUCCUAGGAGGUGUAUAGUGGGUGUGGGAGAUGGAGAUAAAGAGAUGAGAUUUAUCGACGUGAUAAGACUGAGCUUUAAUGCAUGAAAAGAAGGAGGACGACGACCCAUGGUUUUCGAAGCUGGAGCAUUUGACGGCGAGUCUGGAUCAUUGAGUCUCUUUUUUUAUGGAUCUGUAGCAUAAGUGGUGGAGAUGCAACAUUACCGCAGCUCCGCGUAGAGCAGCAACAUCACGACGUACCAGCAGAGUUGGUGCUAAAAUAUAUCCCUCCACGUCCACUGUAAAGCUAAGCUAGUAAGUACUAUUAGCAGAGAUGAAGUUCCUACAUCUUUCCUCUAAUAUCCCGAGCGGUUCCGUGGAUUUUCUUGCAUCCUGAUGGAAGCGUCUCCAAUCUCGG